AUGGUAAGCCAAUCAGCUGGUCAGACAAGAUUUCGAACAUUCAAGUACGAGAACAACGGUGACUCUAACAAACCAACAGUUGUAGUAAGAGCUAUUGUUUGCUUUCAACCCAUGGCUAAUUGUCAGGCUGAAUACUUUAGACAUAUGCUCAAACCAGUGACGUAG